AUGUCGCUCGUCCAGUGUCCAACCCCUGCCGGCAGCUCCGACGCCGGUCACCUGUUCGACGGAAUGCCUGACAGUGUGGUGGCCACCGAAGAGGACCGGAUUGGCGCCCUCUCGGACGAUAUCCUCCGUUUCGUGUUGUCUUUCCUUCCCUCUCUUGAGUCAGUGUGCACAUGCGUGCUUGCUCGCCGCUGGCGCAACCUCUGGAAGUCGGUGCCCACAGUGCUCAUCUAUGAUGAAGAAGAGGCCCGGUUUGUCACUUCCCUGCUCCUCCUCCGCGACCGAGUGCCUCUCCAUGAAUUCUUGUUCACAUCCUUUCUCAGUGAGAAUGAGACACCCCAAGACGUUGAAAUGUGGCUCCGGUAUGCCGCGUCGUGCCAUGUUAGGGUGCUUCGACUUGAUGUGGAGUCAUAUGAUACCACUGCGCGUCUGCGGCUACCCAACAUGACUCUUGUCUGCCAACACUUGACAGCCUUAUAUUUCAGCAGUCUGAAGCUCCAGGGAGGCACUCUGGAUUUCUCGAGCUGCCCGGUACUGGGGAAAUUACAGAUGGUUAAUUGUGAAAUCCACGCUGAGAAGAUCUUGUGCCAGUCGUUAAGGCGUCUGGUUACGUACAUGUGCAUUUUCGUUGCCGAUGCUCGCACCCGUAUCUCUUGCCCAAGUCUCACUGCCUUGGAACUAUCUGAGAAUGUGGGCUUGACUCCGUUCCUCGAGAGCAUGCCAUCAUUGGUAACUGCGUUUGUUGAGUUUGACAGAGAGUGGUCUGAACGUGAAGAGCUCUACGAUCAUUGUCUUGACGGUGGUUACUAUGUGGGCUGUGGUGAAUGGGAUUGUAUUCCUUGCCAUCACAUCGACAGGGAAGGCGAUGGUUGUGUGCUUCUAGAUGGUUUGUGUGGUUCUACCAAGUUGACGUUGAUAAGUGCUCCUACAAUGAUUAUUUGCACCAGGGAUUUCAAAUGGCGCCAUACAUUUACCAAGUUAAAAACAUUGUAUCUCAGUGAGUGGUGUCUGGCUGCUGACUUCAGUGGACUGGUUUACUUUCUUCAGCACUCGCCAAUUCUAGAGAAGCUUACCCUUGCACUUAAAAUUUGUGAGCAAGAAUCUUUGAACAUAAAAGAUGAUAGCUACAAGCCAAGCAAAGAAUAUCUUAUAUCGAAGAAUCUCAAGGUAGUUGAAAUCAAGUGCUGCUAUGAAGCUGAAAGUAUUCACCAUAUUGUGGAGAUCCUCAUUAACCUUGGAGUACCCCCUGAGAAUAUUAACAUCCUACAUAACCAUGAAUCGUCUGAUCACUUCAUUUCCCUAAAUCAGGACCCGUGA